AUGGUCAGGGAGAUUCCCAAGGGCGAAUCGCUGCGCGCGAUACAGAGCGCGCGCCUGACCUGCCGGGCACUGUCGCAGAUUGCCACGCCCAUCCUCUUCCCAGUGCUGCGCGUGUCCAUCGACCACCAGUCUAUCGCUGAUCUAGAGCAAAUAUCCGAGAACCCCGCCAUCGCGGCUCAUGUCCGCGGCGUCGUGGUCAAUGUGGCGGCGUUCCGCAGCGACAUGGCGUCGGACAUAGCGCUAUUCAAGAAGACGUGUCUCGAUGAGAUUGACGCACUUUUUGACAGGUUAGACUCUGCGAUGGAGUUCCGACUACAAGAGGGCGACCAUGAGGAUGAGGAUAUCAAGCAGUACUACCGGAUCGAUGAUGCCCAUGAUCUCUUGCGAGAGGAAUGGGCCAGCGCCGUAUCUACCGCAACCAGCGAUGAUAGCAAUGAUGACGCCCGAGGAAAAUACCAAGCGACUUACGGCGGCGCGUCACAAGGCGCUUAUGGAGACUUUUUGCUCCGCAGCCACAAAGAGUACGCGCGGCGCUACCGCCAACAGCUCGCGAGCCUGCACGAUGCGCAGGCAAUGCAGCACAACUUGUUAGGGCAUUCGCCAGGCUGUCCUGCGGGGGCAAGCUUCACAUUUCCGGAAACGUGGAACGCACCUCGGAUCUGCACGACUACGGUUCCGAAAUUGCCGAGAUUCUGGACAAUGAGGAUGAUAAUACAAAGAUGA